AUGCCAGUCCGGAUCAUGUGCACCAUCUCCUUCUCUGCCGAUGAUGAGCCCAGCAGAGGAUUUGAUGACCACUACAAACGUGUAAAGAAAGGCGAUGGGGAUUCACAGGAAUACCUAGAUAGCUGUAGUCAGGCCGAUGACGAUACUUAUGAGGAGGAUGACAAUAAGGUGGACGACCUGGCCACUUUCUUCGGUGGCUGCUCACUCCAUGGAGCCAACCAUGUGUUCGUAGAGGACAAGAAGUGUAGCGUUCGCCGGGGUCUGUGGACAGUGGUCUUCACCAUGGCCAUGUCCGCUUUCUUUUUCCAAGUAUUUGACAGGAUAAUGUACUAUCUGCAGUAUGACUACAUUACCAUGCUGGAUGAGCGAUCAGCCAGCAACAUGACUUUUCCUGCCGUCACCAUAUGCAACUUCAACUUUAUUCGGAAGUCUCAGAUGAGCUACAGUGACCUGAUUUUCAUGGGCCCCUUAUUGGGCUUUGAAGAAGGCAUGGCACCAGGCUUUCCACUCGCUCCAGAGCCAGACCGCCCACUGGGUUCACUCUUUAGCCUGGACGAGUUCUACAACCGCACUCGACAUCGCAUAGAGGAGAUGCUGCUGGAUUGUAGCUUCAGGGGUUUAGAGUGUGGCCCUGAGAACUUCAGAGAGCGAACGCUGACAAAAAAUACUCCCCCAUCGCUGCCUCGAGCUGCUGCUCAGUGCCUGAGAGUGGCGACCAGAGCUGUGCGCAAUCCAACUCUCUCCUCCUUUCGAACUGGAAGAAAAAAAAAACCGAUGUUGACAGUGCGCACCGGCGUCCCCCCAAAAUGUGCCAGUCCUCGGGAUCCAAGUCGAAACCAGGUUCCCUCGCGGAAACUAUUCUUGAAACGCACCACCUUGCACGGCUUGAGGCACAUCUUCUUGAGCGGCUCGUACCCCCGGAGGGUGGCGUGGCUGCUGGCGUUCCUGGCGGCUCUGGCUCUGCUUUUCACCUGGUCCUCCAACCGGGUUCGGUACCUGCUCUCGUCGCCCGUCUACACCAAGGCGCACAUGGUGUACGCCAAGCGCCUGGUUUUCCCCGCCGUCACCAUCUGUAACCAGAACCUCCUGCUGCCGCGGCGCAUGAAGAAGACGGACAUAUUCAGCGCGGGGAGGUGGCUGGGACUUUUGGGGAGGAACUGGCAGGUCUCCCCCGCGGCGAGGGAAGCGCUCGUCACUCUGCGGGACGAGGGCGCCGGGAGCGCGGGGAGCGAGCCGCCCUGGUCCCCCCUGUCGCGGAUUUUGGAUUUCAAUCACUUCCUUCCCCCUCCUCCGGAAUCCCAGCCGUCCAUGAGGAAACUGUUGGACCGGCUGGGACACCAGCUGGAGGAGAUGCUGCUGUACUGUCGGUACCAAGGAGAGCUCUGCGGGCCGCGUAAUUUCAGCACCAUAUUCACACGCUAUGGAAAAUGCUACACGUUUAAUUCGGGCCAAGAUGGACGACCCCUGUUGGUGACGAUGAAGGGUGGGACGGGCAACGGCCUGGAGCUGAUGUUAGACAUCCAGCAGGAUGAAUAUCUGCCUGUUUGGGGAGAGACUGACGAGACAUCGUUUGAAGCAGGGAUCAAAGUUCAGAUCCACACCCAGGAUGAGCCGCCGUUCAUUGACCAGCUGGGGUUCGGAGUGGCACCCGGGUUUCAGACCUUUGUCUCCUGUCAGGAACAACGGCUAACAUACCUGCCUCCACCUUGGGGGGACUGCAAGGCCACGCCAAUGGACUCCGACUUCUUCAACUCUUACAGCAUUACAGCCUGCAGGAUCGACUGCGAAACGCGAUACCUGGUGGAGAACUGUAACUGCAGGAUGGUCCACAUGCCUGGAGAUGCCCAAUACUGCACCCCGGAGCAAUACAAGGAGUGUGCAGAUCCUGCCUUGGACUUUCUUGUUGAAAGAGACAACGACUACUGUGUGUGCGAGACCCCAUGCAACAUGACACGAUACGGCAAAGAGCUGUCCUUUGUCAAGAUACCCAGCAAAGCAUCUGCCAAGUACCUUGCUAAGAAAUUCAACAAGACAGAGCAGUACAUAGCUGAUAACAUUCUGGUUUUGGACAUCUUCUUUGAAGCGCUGAACUACGAAACCAUUGAACAAAAGAAAGCCUACGAAUUGGCAGGUCUUCUGGGCGAUAUCGGAGGUCAGAUGGGGCUCUUCAUUGGGGCCAGCAUCCUCACUGUUCUUGAGCUUUUUGACUAUCUUUAUGAGGUGAUCAAGUAUAAGCUGUGCAGAUGCAUGAAGAAGAAACAUAAAGGCCGCAACAACAAUGACCGGGGCGCUGUGCUGAGCCUGGAUGAUGUGAAACGCCAUGCUCCUUGCGAGAACCUGCGUACACCAUCGACAUAUCCUGGGAACAUGCUACCUCAUCAUCCAGGCCAGGGCAAUUUUGAAGACUUCACUUGCUGA